GUGGCUUUGAUAGAGCAGCACCGGGACGGGGUUACCCCACAGCCGCUCCUCUCCUGGGUGAGAAAAGCCACCGGCGCAGCGCCGGGGAGGAAAGGGUUAACGGCGCCUUCAUCCCUGCGCUCCUCCUCGGCCCCUCCGUCCCAUUGGGGUUGGGGGUCCGUAGGUCCGUUGGUGGCUGUGGUGUCCCUAUUAGAGAUGAAUUUCCUCCCUCCCCGCUGACGACAGAUGCUGGUGGGGGCCGCGCGCGGUGGCGGGGCGGGGGGGACGCGGCCCAUGGACCCUCGGUGGGGUUAAGGAGCACCCCGUGCCCCCCCCGGCGUGGGGUCUCCUCGUGCCCGGGGGAGCCGCGGCCCUCCCGGUGCUGCCAUGGAGGGGUCCUCCGUGCUCAGCCCGUCCUCGUGGGAGAAGCGGCGCGCCUGGGCCAGGCAGAGCCGAUGCUGGAGGACCACAGUGGUGGAGGAGGAGGCGGCUGCAGCCAUGCAGGACGUCCCAGAGCUGCAGCCACCCCACCUGGACGACGUCUUCCUCGAAGGAAGCUCCUCCAGCAAGAUUGAGACGUGGCUGCAGGACUGCGGGUCAUCCUUGGAGGUGCUGCCGGAGGAGCUGUGCUCAUUGGGUCCCUACGGCUGUGGGAGCAGCAGCGCCAGCUUUGAGGACGACCUGAUGCUGGGAGCUGAAGCUCUUCUGCUACCGGGGAAUGAGAGAACCAUUGGCAGAGCUCUGCAGGGCAGACGCCUCAGCCUGGGGCACAGUAUGGCAUCCAGCGCGCCCUCCGGUGCCACCAACCUCACCGGCUCCAGCAUCUCCGAGGUUCUGGAUUGGUGUCAGGCGGAUGCUGAGGAGGUCCUUUACAACCUGGGCUUCGUGCAGCCCGAGCUGUGCGCUGUGGCUCGCGUCCCUUCGCGCUUCUUCUCCUCCCCAUCCCGAGCCAAAGGCAUCGACUUCCAGCUCUUCCUGAAGGCUCAGGUGCAGCGCCUGGAGAUGGAGGACCCCUGCCUGAUGCUGGCCAGUCGCUUCCAGCAGGUCCAGGCUUUGGCUGCCACGGCGGACGCUUUCUUCUGCCUCUACUCCUACGUCUCCAAGACCCCCCUGCAGCGCAUCUCCCCAUCGCACCCCUCCUGGACUGACCCCGGCAUCCCCGAAAUCCGCAUCCCCCCCUCGCAGCCCCCCACCCUCUCACCCUCGGAGCGGCUGAGGGCGGCCGUGUCCAAGAUGUGUCUGUAUACCCCCCCCCGGGCCGGGGGAUCCCUGGGCAGAGUGGUGCAGGAGGUGUUGGAGCGCAGCUGGGGGGAGAGGUUCCGCUUCGACCCCGACGAUGUGGAAGGGUUGGGGGGGGUCGGCGGUUAUGGGGCGGCCGUGAGGACGUCGCCACGUGGAGGUGGGGGGCCCUCGUGGCCCGAUCGGGGGGUCCCCAUAUGCCGCCAGCAGCAGCGAGGGAUGGAGACGGCUGUGGGACGUGGCCAAAAGUCCACGGUGGGGGCUCUGCUGGGGGGGGGGGGCGCUCCGUGCCCCCCAGGAACGGGACGGGGUGACGCAGAGGACGGACAGCCGCGGGUGAACCUCACCUCAUCCCCAGCGCUGGGUGCAGCGUCCGCCUAUGGCAGCUGGCUGUGCGCCCCCCCCGCACGGCCGGGACACCACGGGGACUCUGAGACCUCACCCAGGGGGAUAGAAAGGGGGCAGCACCCGGGAGAGCCCCCAGACCCCCAUGGGGCACUGCCCCCCCCAUCCCACUGCGCAGCGGGUGGGGGUCAAUGGGGUCAGCAGAGCAGAGGACGGAGCAGAGGACGGCACCGGGUGGGUGACGCUGUCCGGCAGCAGAGGGACGCAGAGGGGCUGCGGCCCCCCAGGAAGGGUCCCUCUGCAGGGAGCUUCGUGUCCCACCACCCCAACUGGGCUGAGCCCAACGAGGCCGUGGACUCCUUCGAGAUGGAAGAGGUGCUGAGCGACAGCGAUACCCCCAAAGGCGAUGGUGAUGAUGGUGAUGAUGAUGAAGAGGAAGGCAGCUGCUCCGUGAGGCUCCGCAGAAGUAAGCCGUGGGGCUUUGCGCCCGUGCACACACAGGUUGAGGGGUUUGAUGCUGUAUGGGCUCGGAGGGCACUCGGACAGCAGCGGCUUCGUGGAGGAGCCCCUCCCUGAGCAGACAGAGUGAGCCCACCCGGGGGUCCCCCACCCGCACCCCCACCCCAACUGCUGUUCCAGCACCGGAACGCACCGACGGGUGCAGGAAAGAUUGCACCGCUGCACUUCAGGCAAUGGAGCCCAUCCUCAGCCCAGGGCUGAGCACCGCGUGGACACUGUGUGUGUGUGUGUGUGUGUGUGUGUGUGCAGCGUGCAAAUGCGUGCACGAGUGUGUUGGAUGCACCCAGAACUCAGGACUGGCACCCGCACCGCCCCCCCCCCCCCUCUCCCCCAGCCCCAUUUCUAUGGGGCUUCACUUGCACUUUGGAGUUGGCUGCCCCCCCCGGCGCUCGGAACACUAUGAUGGGGGUUUGCUGGGGAACAGCCGACAGCACACUGGAAAUAAAGGUCCCAAUGGGGUCAGGCUGUGUCCCUGCACUGCUGGGGGGUCCCGGGGGGGUGGCUGAGGGCUGAGUGCGGCUCUCAGGGUGUGCAAAGCCGGGGGAGGUGCUGCCUUUGGGUAUGACUCAUUGCAGCGCGCGCCGCUCGGGCUUUGUUUUGCUCUCCAUCUCUUCUCAGCCCUCCGAAGCCUCUUCUCUCCUGUUUCCUUAUCUGGGUGCUUUAUGGCUCCGGGCCUGUUCUUCAUCUCCCUGCCACCUUAUCUUUAUGGUUCUGCUGUUCUUCCUCUCCUUGCAGCUCUGGCAUCCGAACUCAACCGCGGCGAUGCUCUGCAGGGCUGCAGCUUUAACCCCUCCCGCUCUGCUCCCAAUGGGGCAACCAAACAUGGGGGGCACCGCGGUCCCAAACUGGGGGCAGGGUGACGUCGGUACUUCCCAUCCCCAUCUCUUCCCAUCCCUUUCCCGACCCUUUUUAUCCCUCGGGUUGAUAGAAGCCAACCCCCUUCUCUCUGCUCCACCCCACCCAGGGCCACCUCCCCAUCCCCAGGGGGUCCCCCCGUGUCCCCCCCCCCGCUCCCCAUGGGCCACCAGCCCUGCUCACACCCCAUGAGCGCCCUGCAGCAGGAAGAGAAGCGACGCCAACGGCCGUUGGAUGGGAAGGAAGGCUCUCCAGCCCCCCCAGGCAUCAGCGCUCAAAUGAAUGGGAAGGGAAAGUCCUGGUGGGUAAACAACCCCAGGACUUCCCAGUGGAGCACAGCCAAGGGGGGGAUUAUCCUGGAUUAACCACCAGCCCCUCCGGGACCGGCCCUGGCUCUCACCACAGCCCUUCCCUGUGGGAUCUGUAUGGGAUCCGUACGGCAACCCCAACCUGGGGGGCGCACGGAGAGGUUGGGGUCCCCCCUUGGCCGCCUCCCCACUCCCCUCGCUCUGCCUGCUCCUGGCUCCUGGGCUGAAGAUGGGAUUACAUCUCCUCCAGCCCCAGGAUGUGUCCUGGAUGGGGCUGUGUGAAGCCAUGGCGAUGGGCUGCCCACCCCCUGGGGACACCCACGGGCACCUCAUCCCACCCAGUGGUCGGUGGGGUCGGGUAGGGGACACAGAGGGACACCUCCACGCUGCAGAGCCCAGGAGCUGCUCAUCAUUCCAUCCCAUGCAUACACUGCAGCCCUCGGUGCUGCCAGGACCCCAAGUGGGGCUUUUGGGGCUGGUGCCGAAUUAACCCGGCGGGACGGAGCGUCCCAUAAGAGGUGCCCUACAAUCAAGGAGCUCCUCUCGGAAUGGAGGAGCAACGCCAAAGUGGUGGUGGUGGUGGGGGGGGGGGAUCGUGGGGGUCUCCUAUCCAAACCCUGCGCUGAGCCCCACCGCAAAGGGGCUGAGAUGUGUUGGAGACCCCCCCCCUUAAGCAGCACCAAAAGGGUUUUGCAGCACAGAGGAGAAGCAAAGCAGGACAGCACAGAGCAGGGGCACAGCAUGGGUGUACACGUGGGGACGCACAGCCAUCACUCGGCUCCUUUGCUCUCUGCCCACACCCUGCAGCCCAAACCUUCCCUCCCCCCCCCCUCCAGAAGUUCCCCUCCUUUCUCCUGCAUUAUUUCCCUGCCAUUUCAGCCCCGUUCUCUCCGCUUCUGCUGGAGGUCUGAGGGCGCUCAGGUGGAUCCUGACGGGCCACGCUCCGCUGCCUCCAUCCCUGCAAGACGUGAGGAUGGAGCUGAUGGCUGCGGGUGGGGAUGCCGCCCUGCAGCUGUCUGAAACACGAAGCAAAUCCCUUCCUCCCCAUUGCACAACUCACUCCUGGACAGGGUUUGUAUGCGAAGCAGCGUGGGAUUAUUCAUCCACCCCCUCCCUGUGUUCGUGCCCUUCCCUGGGCGCACCAACCUUCCCCAGGCAUUUAAAUGGGGGGAGAUGCUCUGAGCUCCAUCCACGUCCCCACGAUGGGAGGAGGAGACGCUCUGCCCCGCACCACGGAGUGCACGGGGGAUAUGGGGUAUAAUGGGAGGGUAUGGGGUAUAAUAGGAGGGUAUGGGGUGUCCCGGGGAUGCGGGUAGCAGCCACUCAGUGCUUUGGAAUCGUUCCCACACGUGCAGACCUGGGGGACCGGGAGGGUUUGGGUCGGCUCCAUCCGCUCUGUGCUCCCCCAGGGGCUGCAGGGCUGAUCCCCUCUAAUCCCACACUGGCUCAGUGCCCGGGCUCAGCGCCUUCCCACCACCCCAUCCCCUCGGAUUAUUGGUGCCCGUUGCCUUCAUAAGGGGCAGAAGGGAGCCUGGGCUCAUCCUGGGGCUGCGGUCACCGCCUGAGCUCCGUGGGGACGAUGAAGCCGUACGCAGUGCUGCUGCUGGCGGGGCUGGCCUGCUGCCUGGCUGCGGGCUUGCCCGUCAAUGAGACGCCGGCCGUGGGGCAAGACGCGAAGGUGAGCGGCAGAGCUGCCGAAGGAGCGCUGGUGGAUUUGGCUGACGUGGUGGAGAGCCUCCUGCGCUCCCUGGGGGACACCCUGGCCGGGGCAGUCCGACUGCUGAUAGGGGGAAAAGAGAAAUAGCUGGCGUGGUGAGCGCCGAACUGCCCUGCUGGGGACGUGGGGACAUCAUGGGGACGUGGGGACAUCAUGGGGACAUCAUGGGGACGUGGUGCUCCAUCCGUGGGCUCUGCUCCACCCCCAGGUGCCUCCAAUGCCACCAGCUCGCCCUGCAGCUCUUCCUACAUGAGCACUGCUCCGAACAAAGCUUCCAAUAAAGCAGACUGCUAAUUGCU